UUUUCGAAAUAGAAAACAGAAGGCCAAGACUACGAAAAGCGAGGGAAGCAGUGGAUCAUCAGAAAAAAAUACACAAAAAGAGAAAAUUAUCCCCAAAAUGUCUGGUUUGCAACCAGAAGGUGUACCAGGAGAAAGAGUUGCAUCAAGAUUCAUAGUUACAAACGUGAAUGAAGAUGUAUUGCUGAAAGCUGCCCCAGAAUCACAUAAAAAAGCAAGUUCUGGUCAAGCUCAACAAGAGAAGGAGAAAUUAGUGAAAGACCUAAACAGGGCCAUAAUUGUGAAGAAGAGUGUGGGAAGCAGUGGAUCAACAGGAAAACGUAAGGAAAAAAAGAAACAUAUUCCUAAAAUGUCUGACCAGCAGGCAGGUGUAUUGGAAGCAGAUGAUGUAUCAAAAUUAACCGUCAGAAAACCAGAAGAGACAGAAGAGAAUGUUUUGUUGAAAGCUGGCCCACCAUCACAAAACGAAGCAAGUUCUGAUGAAACUCAACCAGAGAUGGAGAAAUUGUUGAAAAAAACAAACCAAGAAAGUAUCUCUAUAGCUAUAGAAGAGCUACCUGAACAGAAUGUGCUUGUAACUAGUCCAGAAAGUGAUCAAGAUGAUAACACGCAUGCCACAACAAAAUGGAGAAAAAUAAGGAAGCUGAAUAAGUUCAUUCCUAAGAAGAUGGCUACGUACAUCGUUCUUCUCUACAGCUUCAUGACAGGAAUUGCUGUGGGGUUGUCUGUAAUCACCAAUUAUGUAUCCUUAAACAAAGACUUUUGGAUAGAUGUGAUUUACGGCUGUGAGCUGCUAGUAUCCUCUGUCACUGGGUCGUUGCUGUCUACUGUGACCAUGGACAACGUUAAACCUGCCAAGACCAUGACAGUGGCCAGCGUGAUCAGCACCAUUGGUUUGAGUGUGCAAAUGUAUGGUCCUAUGGCAACAUUUCAGCACGUUGGCUUACUGAUUACUGGGUUUGGACUGGGUUUUGGAUCAUUUACAAGCUUCUUCUGGAUAAAAGGAAAGCCUAUCACCAUUAUAUUCUGCAUCAUCAACAUCUUACUGUUCAUGGCAACUGGACUAUUGGCGAGCUACUAUGCAAACUUAGGCUUUUCAAUAUUAUGUUUCUGUGAUGUGAUUCUGACUAUAAUGGUCAAGUGGUAUACCACCGAGUUGAAAAAGGCUCGCAAUGGCCAGCGCCCAACCCACCGUGAAGAUGCUACUGAAGUGUAAUCAAUGCUCUGUUGUGCUGAGUCCAGUUCCAAUUGAAGAGUGAAGAUUUGAACAAAAUAUUACAUAUAAUGUUACUAUGCAAGGUACAAUCUAUAUUUUUGUACUGCCAUAUUUUUAUGUAUUAAAAAAGUGUAAUCC